GCGGCUGUUUUGCCACGUACACCUAACAAUAACACGUCAGUGUAAGGAGCUGGUUGGGCUGAUGGAGCAGAAGCUAGCAGAGUUCAGAGCCAGGCGACAGGCUGAAAGUACUCGGAAAAGGGACAAGAGUGCUGGUCCACAGGGCAGUGCACAGACAAUAGCGGACACAGCUGCUCAGGCAGAAACAACACCAGCAGCUGACAGUCAAGAGACAGAAGACUUAAGAGCUUUAAAUCAGAGCUCUCUAAGGAAGGACAGUAGUGAUUGGCUGCUGGACAACGCUCUGGGAAGAUGGCUGGCUUCGAGACAACUUGUCUUCUCAAAUCUUACUUUGCUUAAAGUGCUGCUGUGGCUGGUGCUGCUCGGUUUGUUUGCCGAACUGGAGUUUGGCCUGCCUUUCUUUGUCAUCUCCCUCUUCUACUGGCUCUACGAGGGACUCCGUAGCCCAGCUGACCGCGAGCCCGGAGAACUGAGCGCUUAUUCUGUUUUUAAUCCAGACUGUCAGCCUCUGCUGGGCUCUCUCACUGCAGAGCAGCUGGAGGGAGAGAUGGGUUAUAGACCUCUGGCCAACAGAUGAAGCACAUGGGAUUUGCACAUUUGUAUAAAAUAUUCAGAUGUUUUGGUCUAUCAAAAUGUUAAAAAAUACAGGGACUACACAGUAGUAAUUUCAUUUUAUCAUUACUGUAUAACUCAUUAAAUUAAGAUUGGUCUACUUACA